GGAAGAAAAUUAUUUCAGAGCUUGGAUAUUUCUGAAAGACUAAAAUUGUUGCUUACCUUGGACUGUAUAGAUGACACUGUAAUAGUUCUGGCUGAAGAGCAUGGUUGUCUGGACAUUAUAAAGGAGCUUCCUGAAAAUGUGAUAGAUCUUUUGAAGAAGUGCCUUACCUUCCACCCUUCCAAGAGGCCAACCCCAGAUGAAUUGAUGCAGGACAGUGUGUUCAGUGAAGUGUCACUGUUAUACACUCCCUUUAUCAAACCUGCCAGUCUGUUUUCUUCAUCCCUGAGAUGUGCUGAUUUAACUCUGCCUGAGGAUAUCAGUCAGCUGUGUAAAGAUAUAAACAGCGAUUACCUGGCCGAAAGAUCUAUUGAAGAAGUGUAUUACCUUUGGUGUUUAGCUGGAGGUGACUUGGAGAAAGAGCUUGUCAACAAGGAAAUCAUUCGAUCCAAACCACCUAUCUGCACACUUCCCAAUUUGCAGGGGGCCAUUCAUGCCAAAUAUGAUGCAAUUGAUAAAGAUACUCCAAUUCCUACAGAUAGACAAAUUGAAGUGGAUAUUCCUCGUUGCCAUCAGUAUGAUGAACUGUUAUCAUCACCAGAAGGUCAUGCAAAAUUUAGGCGUGUGUUGAAAGCCUGGGUGGUAUCCCAUCCUGAUCUUGUGUAUUGGCAAGGUAACUUUACUUUCCAAUUUUUAAGACUCUUUUUGAACCAGUCUAAUUUACCUCAUUCAAAUAGCAGUAAUGAGUUGUCUGCAGCUGCCACUCUCCCUUUAAUUAUCCGAGAGAGGGACACCGAGUACCAACUAAACAGAAUCAUUCUCUUUGACAGGCUGCUAAAGGAAUCCUUGGCUUACGCGUGUAUGUCUGCUUUUAUUCCCAAAUACCUGUAUAACUUCUUCUUGAAAGACAACUCACAUGUAAUACAAGAGUAUCUGACUGUGUUCUCUCAGAUGAUUGCAUUCCAUGACCCGGAGCUGAGCAAUCAUCUCAAUGAGAUUGGAUUUAUUCCAGAUCUCUAUGCCAUCCCUUGGUUUCUCACCAUGUUUACUCAUGUAUUUCCACUGCACAAAAUUUUCCACCUCUGGGAUACCUUGCUGCUUGGGAAUUCCUCUUUCCCAUUCUGUAUUGGAGUAGCAAUUCUUCAGCAGCUGCGGGACCGGCUUUUGGCUAAUGGCUUUAAUGAGUGCAUCCUUCUCUUCUCUGAUUUACCAGAAAUUGACAUCGAACGCUGUGUGCGCGAAUCAAUCAACCUGUUUUGUUGGACCCCUAAAAGUGCUACUUACAGACAGCAUGCUCAGCCUCCAAAGCCAACUUCUGAUAACAGUGGAGUCAGAAGUUCAGCAUCUUACUUCUCUACUGAGUGUCCAGAUACUCCUAAAACAGAUCUGAUCCUGCAGUACUUCUCUGUUUCUGACUUCCUCGAGCUUGCCUGCCUUUCAGAGCCUCCCGAUGUGUCCCCUUCACCUACUCAGUGUUCCUUCCCUCCGAUUCCCCUGGUAGGUGCUCAGCUCAGUAAGACUAGUCUCCAAAAAAUGGGAUUGGAGAAAUACAAAUUUUGUAUAUCCUCUAUAAAUUUGGCCUUUUUUUUUUUUCAGUUUGCAGCUCAUCUUGUGAAGAUGAAAUACCCAAGAAUCUGUAUUCUAGAUGGUGGCAUUAAUAAGAUCAAGCCAACAGGCCUCCUCACCGUCCCAUCUCCUCAAAUAUGAAGAAUGAAGAGUAUGGCUUCCAGAGAGACACAGUGGCAUCAACUCCCCAUGUCACAGCCCCCCUCGGCACAGCUCUCCACAGCUUCUACUCUAAGACAGAACCAGACUUUCAGACUAUGGCAUUUCCAUGAAGCUUUAUCAUGAGACAUUUUUUUAAGUCUCAUGACCCAAAUGUUGAGCUGUUCAAGCAACAAACUUGACUGUACAUGUAGUGCUGAAAGAAUUUUCUUAGCAGUGAAAUCCGAUCAUGUGUUUUUAGCGCGCUGCAACACAAAGCAGAGGAAUUCAACUGACAAGGCAAAUUGAGCAUUAUCAAGAAAUCUCACUUGCACUGAGAAAGCUGUCUUCCAUUGCACUGCACAGAAAGUACCAACAAAGGUAUUAUUUAGAAAUAUAGAUUGAAUGUGGGCUAAAAUCAUCUUUCCAUGAUAAUGAAAGGUGAAAAGCUACUCACAAUGCAUCCCUUACAGGAAAAAGCUACAUUUGGUAACUCAUUUUUGACCCAGACAAGGGUGUGUGUGUGUGUGUGUGUGUAUAGAAGAAUUUAGCCCAUUGAAAAAAGUGAUAAUAGUCUACUUCCAGAAAAUUGCAAGUGUGAAAUCAUUCAUAUUAUUAUAGAAUAAUUGUUUAGCUCCUGUAGCAGAGAAACCCAAAAUAAGAGUGACUUAAACAAACCAGAACUUUCUCUCUCACUUAAAAGUCUGCAUAGUCAGCCUAGGACUAGUAUAUUGGUUUCAUAAUCAUUAGGAACUCGGGUAUCUUUUCUCAUUGCUUUACCACCCUCAACACAUGGUUUCUGUCACAUGGAUCAAGAUGGCUGCACAGCUCCUACCAUCACCUGCAAUUUAGAAGGAAGGAAAUGAAGGAGGAAGGGUGGGGAAGAAAGGAAAGAAAGAAAUAGGGAGGAAGGAAAGAAGGAAGGACAUGCUUCUCUUUACGAGCCCAAACCAGAAGGUGCACAUAUUACUUCUGCUUACAUACCAUUGGCCAGAACUUAAACAGAUGGCCACACCUAGCUCUAAGGAAAAUUAGGAAUACAGUCUUUCUGAAAAACUUUAUUACUGUGUGGGAAGAGGAGAACACAUAUUGAAAGACAGCUAGCAGCCUCUGCCACAUUAUUCUAAAAAACUGUACUUCAUUGAAUCUAAGACAUAACACAGUUUUAUGUACUGAAGGAAGAAAAAGUGCAGCCAAAUAAACUGUGACACAUCAGUUAUAAGAUGUACUCCCAUUUCAGAAAUGUGAAAAAAAUAUGAAUCCUAGAAUUAUUGAAAAAGAGUGCAUCUUUUACUCUUCACUUUUAACUAAAAUAUCUUCUUUCAUCUUUAACUUACAUUCCUCUUCAAUGUUAGGGCUACCUAGGUAGAACAUCUCAAUAAGAGCCUCAAUUCAACUUUCUGGGCUCUGUUUUUGUUGUUGUUAUUUGUUUGGGAGUUUUGCGUCUAUUUUUUUUUAUUGCGAUAUAAUUUACAUACCAU